AAAAAAAAAAGAAGCCAUCUUCAAAUCAUCAUCUCUUCCCUUCCCUCACCAUGAAACCAUCUCCUUACACAAUAUUUCCAUGGCUAUUCUUUUCAGAAACCCCUUUCUCAUUUCUCUAACCUUAUACUCUAUUUAUUUCCUUCCAUUGAUUCAUUCACUUUCCACUGUAGCAAUAUCAGAAACUUCAAAUCAAACAUUAAUCUGUGCAUUAAUCCACUCUUCUGAGCAACAAUCGUAUCUGAACUGUUCCAGCUUUCCCAGUGGAAUUCAAAUACCUCUCAAUUCUACAAACACAUCAUUCUCUGGAAUUGUAGGUGGAAAUGGAUUCCUCUGUGCUGUGAGUGCACCCGCACCCUCUUCCCCAACAACUUCAUUCAUGGUUUGCUGGAGAUUCUCUGCUAACGGCACUAAUAUGUCAUACAAGAGAAUUUAUCUCGGCUCAUCUCUCAAUGAACUCGACGCUGGAAACACCCACAUUUGCGGUAUUGUUGAUGGGACUAAUCUCCUCGAGUGCUGGCAAUGGCCCAAAUUUAAUUCCGGCACUAAUCUAUUCGUUUCAGGUAUUGCUGUAGGAGAAAAUUUUGUUUGUGGGUUAUUGGAAUAUGGACAAAUCCAAUGUUUGGGAAGCUAUAGAAAUGUUAUUGAUCAUGAACCCAGUGGGAACUACAGUGUGAUUGCAGCCGGUUUUCGCCACGCUUGUGCCAUCUCUUUGAAUGGCAGUUUAGAAUGUUGGGGAGAGCUGGAGGGUGAGAAGCCACUAGGUGAUGAAUUCACAUCAAUGGCUCUGGGAGAGAAUCGGAGUUGCGCCAUGAGGCGUAAUGGAACAGUGGUUUGUUGGGGGAAAAGUAAUUUUAGUCUAUCAAAAAGUUUGCAAGGGACAUUUUUUAUGUCAAUUGAAGCAAAAGGCAGUGUUUUUUGUGGGGUUGCAAUGGAGAAUUAUUCGUUGUAUUGUUGGGGUAAUGAGAUUCUGGAUUCGAAUUCCGUGGUUUUGAAUGAUGUAGUUCCGGGUCCAUGUAGAAGAAAAUGUCCUUGUGAUCCUCUACCUAAAUUUGGUAGCUAUUGUAGUCAAGGACUAAUGAUAUGUGAGCUUUGUGUCAGGAUACCCUCUGGAGUGGUACCAUUAUCACCACCAUCGCUGUCACCAUCACUACCACCGCCUCAGAGGACAACGCGAAGCAGUCGUUGGAGUCGGAAAAUGGUGGCUUUCCUAGUGGUAGGAUGCUUUGGGUCGUUUUCAUUUGUAGCAAGCUGUUGUUUCUUAUUUUUUCGCUAUUGCAAAAUUAGAGGGAGUCGAAUUCACGACUCGGGCCGGUUGGACGAGAGUGGGACGCAACCCGAGCAACACGGCCAGACUUCUCAACCUCAACCUGUUCUAGAAAAACGACUAAGCCAAUUGGUUAGCAAGGGAAAUGGGGGUAACUUAGAAGAAUUUUCUUUACAAGAAUUGCUUAAAAGCACCAAAAAUUUCUCCGAGGAGCACAGAAUUGGCACUGGAAGCUUUGGAGUAGUCUACCAUGGCAGAUUAGAUGAUGGGAGAGAAGUGGCAAUAAAGAGAGCUGAAGUAUCAACCUCUUCAUCAUACGCUGGGUUCACCAGACGCCAAGAGGACAAGGACAAUGCAUUCCUAAAUGAGUUGGAGUUUCUGUCCCGGCUCCACCACAAGAACCUUGUUAGGCUACUGGGUUUUUGUGAAGACAACAAUGAGCGUGUACUAGUCUAUGAGUACAUGGACAAUGGCACACUCCAUGACCACCUCCACAAGCUCGAGAGCUCACCUCUGAUGUCGUGGGCUGCACGAAUCAAGGUGGCCCUAGACGCGGCCAAGGGAAUCGAGUACCUCCACGUGUACGCCAUGCCGCCAAUCAUACACCGUGACAUCAAAUCAUCCAACAUAUUGCUCGAUAUCACAUGGACCGCCAAGGUUUCUGAUUUUGGACUAUCCUUGAUGGGGCCACAGGGUGACGAGUCACACCUUUCUUUACGUGCUGCUGGUACAGUCGGUUAUAUGGAUCCUGAGUAUUUUAGAUUGCAACAAUUAACGACUAAGAGUGAUGUGUAUAGUUUUGGAGUAGUAUUGCUCGAAUUGUUAUCUGGGUAUAGGGCAAUUCAUAAGAACGAGAAUGGAAUGCCCAGAAAUGUGGUGGAUUUCGUUGUCCCAUAUAUAGUUCAAGAUGAAAUACAUAGGAUUUUGGACCGGAGGGUACCCCCUCCGACACCAUAUGAGAUAGAAGCUGUGGCAUACGUAGGGUAUCUUGCCACGGACUGUGUUACACUAGAAGGUAGGAAUAGACCCACGAUGACGGAGGUUGUAAAUAGCCUAGAAAGAGCCUUGGCUGCGUGCUUGGCACCUCCAACGUUGUCUCGGUCCACGACUGGAUCUUCCACGUAAUUUCACUCGCUUGAUGUGUGCACAUGUGCCAAAACAUCGGGCUUUGUCAAUAUGAAACACCUUUUUGUGUAAUACUUUUGUCCCUUUGAUUAAUUCCUUUGAUUGAGUUUGACUUA